GUGGGCUUGCUGGUGAUUGCCCUCUGUAUGAUACGUAGCAUCAUACCUAAAUAUUUGGCUGAGUUCCAAGCAAGUGAAUUUUUAUAAACUCAGUGACAUUUAAAGGGCAGGCUAUUCACUCAAAAUUCAAGUGGAGGUAGUGUAUUAAGGCAGCUAAAUCUGGUUGACACAGAACCACAACAUUGUAAAAUAAUAAGGACCAAUAAGUCAAUUACAAGAUGAGGGAAUGGUGUGGAUUUGGUGAAGAGAAAAAGGGAGACGGCUAAGGAAGGUUUUUACUUCAGGGAUGAAAAAUCAAAUACGUAGUGGCUGCGAAGGGUUCGAAUUGUCAGUUUCAUCAAAGCUGAAGCCUGUGCUGAAAUAGAGGUGGAGGCUUGUCUGAGUGCUGGAGCGAUGCACGAAUGGCUUGGUCUGUGCUGGUUAAUAAUCAUGUUGAGGCAUUUGUGUGCUGCACUGUAGCUGUUUUAUGAAAAAAUCUAAUUGCAUUUUUGCCGGAGUUAUAGGCUUGUUGCUGAAAUUACUGAGUGUUAGUAAACAAGUGUGCUCAUAGGAGCAUGAAGUGCUUGGCCGCCUUGAAGCUACUGUUUGCAUCUGGAAUAAAGAAAAGACUGACAGUCAUACACAUCAGACAUUUGAGGAUUUGUUCUGAUCAAGGACUUUUUAUCAUGUCAGGGCAGGAGACUGAGAUUCUUUUCCUUUCCCCGGCAGAUAUCUGGGUGAUAAACUUACAGACCAGUUAUGAUAGUGGAAGCAAGUGUUAGGCCUCGCAGGGUGAGUAAGAGAAGGUUUCACAGAGGAUUUAACAUGUAGGAUUUUGAAGGUAGAUUAGCAGUUUUUCUAGGCAAAAAAGGGAAGGGAAGGACAUUGUAGUCAGUUAACAGCAUAUUGGGAAUGAAAGAUCAGUGUUUAGGGGACCAAGGAUAUUGGCACAGUUGGUGUUAGCAUGGUGAAAAACGAGUUGCAAGGAUUGAGUGAUGAGAUUAGAAGGUACUUUCAGAACACAUGGAAAGAUUUUAUGCCAUGGAAACUAGCAUUCCUCGUAGGCUGAUUCAAUUUUUGUUUGCUUUUUAAGAAAUGUCACAUACAUGACCAGGCUAAAGAUUUGAAACAAUGGAAAAGACUACGAAAUGUAAAAACCUUGUUUCUGCUUUCUUGAUGUUGUUCUCCCUUCCCAGACGUAACCACAGUUAAUAUAAGGUCACCUAGCCUCAGUGCAAAUACAAGCAUUCGUGUCCUUUUUCUUUAAUGCCAGUAGUAAUAUCUUAAGCAUUAUUUCUACACCUUGCUUGUUUUUCUUACUGCAUGAACAAGGAAAUGUUGAUAACUCUUAUUUCAAUGUGGAGUAUGUCAGGAUAAACAUUUAUUCAGUAAUUACUACCGUGGGCCUACUCUGUGGUAGGCUUUGCUGCAGGCAUUGGGGAAACCUUCGAAGUCAUCCACAUGGGUGUUAACAGAGACCUGAUAGCCAGGGGGGUGGGUGUAAGAUCACUGUUGUGGCAAAGUUGAUAAGAAAGCCUGUCGAGUAACUGGGAUGUGAGAGAUCAUGAUAUAUUGAGGAUGGUUUUGCAGCUUCUAACUUGAGAAUUGGUUAGAAUACACAAGGGAAAACAGUUGUGCAUGCAUGCUUGUGUGUGUGAGAGAGAGAGAAAGAGAGAGAGAGAAGGGGACAAUUUGUAGUUGGGGAAGGUCAUUUUGGACUUUUUUUUAAAAUCAGUCACCUUAUUAUACUUAAAAAGGAAAUUUUCUAUAGGGAGAAAUGCCUUUAUGUUUUUAAUUCUGACUAAUUCUUAAUCUUCUUUUAGUGUAUUUGUAGUAGUGGAAGGAGAUGGACCAACAAAAUGCCAAAGGAUGAGAAAGUUUUAAAGAAGUGGUCCCCAGCACCCCAUACUACAAAUGAAUAGGAGCAAUGAAAAGAAGAUAUUGAAUUUGCAUGAUUAGGAGGUGCUUUGAAAUCAAGUAACUAAGAGGGAGGCCUUUGUGUUCUUUGAGACUGGCCAUAAUACUGCAAUGGGUCCAAGAAAGAAAAUUGUUAAAACAUGUCUAGUGAAUAAUGAAAUCCCGGAGGAAACAAUAUCAGAUGAAACAAAGGAUUAUAUGAAUCAACUUUCACAUGAAGUGCUCUGCCACAUUUUCAGGUACCUCCCUCUGCAGGAUAUCAUGUGUAUGGAAUGUCUCUCCCGGAAGCUAAAGGAAGCAGUGACCCUAUACCUCAGAGUUGUGAGGGUCGUGGACCUCUGUGCAGGGCGGUGGUGGGAAUACAUGCCAAGUGGCUUCACAGAUUCCAGUUUUCUAACUCUGUUGAAGAAGAUGCCAGACGUCGAACAGCUAUAUGGCCUUCACCCUCGAUACCUUGAGAGGCGAAGGGUACGGGGCCAUGAGGCUUUUAGCAUUCCAGGAGUUCUGGAAGCUUUGCAGGCAUGCCCAAACUUAGUGGGUGUGGAAACUUCUCAUUUGGAAUUGGUAGAAUCCAUUUGGACAUAUAUGCCACAUGUUCAUAUUUUGGGCAAAUUUCGUAAUCGUAAUGGAGCAUUUCCAAUUCCUCCUGAAAAUAAAUUGAAAAUUCCUAUAGGAGCCAAAAUUCAAACUUUACAUUUAGUUGGGGUGAAUGUUCCUGAAAUUCCUUGUAUCCCAAUGCUAAGGCACCUUUAUAUGAAGUGGGUAAGACUCACUAAACCACAGCCGUUCAAAGACUUUCUUUGCAUCAGCUUACGAACUUUCGUCAUGAGAAACUGUGCAGGACCUACAAAUUCCUUGAAAUAUGUCCCUUUAGUAACAGGCUUAGCCUCUGCCCGAAAUUUGGAACAUUUGGAAAUGGUUCGAGUUCCUUUCCUAGGAGGUCUUAUCCAACAUGUAGUAGAAGACAGUUGGAGAUCAGGUGGUUUUAGAAAUUUGCACACUAUUGUUUUGGGAGCCUGCAAAAAUGCUCUUGAAGUAGAUCUUGGUUACCUCAUCAUCACAGCUGCCCGUAGGUUACAUGAAGUUCGGAUCCAGCCUUCCCUAACCAAAGAUGGCGUCUUUUCUGCCCUCAAGAUGGCAGAGUUGGAGUUUCCCCAGUUUGAGACCCUUCAUCUAGGAUAUGUAGAUGAGUUUUUGCUGCAGAGCAGAAUGGCUAAUGCAGAUCUAGUGAAGUAUGGUUUGGCUGACGUGGUAGAAAAUCCUGGUAUCAUCACAGAUAUAGGAAUGAAGGCGGUCAAUGAAGUUUUUUCCUGUAUUAAAUAUCUGGCAAUUUAUAAUUGCCCUCAUCUACAUAACCCAUACAAUUGGAUUUCAGAUCACUCAAGGUGGGCUCGAUUGGUUGAUAUCAACUUAGUACGGUGCCAUGCUUUGAAGCUGGACUCCUUCGGCCAGUUUAUUGAAUUGUUACCUAGCCUGGAAUUUAUUUCACUGGACCAGAUGUUUCGUGAACCACCCAAAGGUUGUGCUCGAGUGGGUCUGAGUGCAGGCACAGGGAUCGGGGUGUCCUCAGCCCUCGUCAGCAACCAGAACUCUAACAAUGACAAUGAUAACAAUGCCCAGAACAAUGCCAACAUCCACGACAACAAUCACCACCACCCAGAUGACUCGGAUGAGGAGAAUGACUUCCGGCCAGACCUCCAGCCAGGAGAGCAGCAGUUUGCAGCCGACGCCCUGAAUGAGAUGGAAGACAUGGUACAGGAAGAUGGAGAGGUGGUGGCUGAGAGUGGACUUGAGACUCCAGCUCACAGUCAGGCAGUUAUUCCUGUGGAUGUUGACGAGGAACAAGCAGGACCCAGUGGUCUUCAGCGUGUAGUAAAACCAACCCCAAUUACUGUUCAUGAUUCAGAGAGUGAUGAUGAGGAAGACAGUCUAGAACUCCAAGAAGUCUGGAUUCCUAAAAAUGGUGCUCGGCGUUACUCUGAGCGUGAAGAAAAAGCCGGAGAGUCAGUGCAGUCCAGGGAACUGUCAGUAAGUGGAAAAGGCAAGACUCCACUUCGAAAGAGGUACAACUCCCAUCAGAUGGGCCAGUCGAAGCAGUUUCCUCUCGAGGAAAGCAGCUGUGAGAAAGGCUGUCAGGUCACCAGUGAGCAGAUCAAAGCCGAUAUGAAAGCAGCUAGGGAUAUUCCUGAAAAGAAAAAAAGCAAGGAUGUUUAUCCCAGCUGCAGCAGCACCGCCGCCAGCACAGUGAGAGACUCCAGCUCACACAGCACUGCUUCUCAAAGCCCCGACUUUGUAAGGACCGUGAACAGCGGCGGCUCUUCCGAGCCUAGCCCUACAGAAGUGGAUGUGUCCAGGCAGUGUGUCUGCUCCCCCGGUGGGUCAGAGGACUCUGAGGCCAUGGAGGAGGGAGAUGCAGAGAGUUCUGUCUGCCCCAGAUGCUGCUGUCACAGGCCCCAGGAAUCCCAAAGGAGAACUAGCAGGUGUUCUGAUGAGGAACGUCCUUCAACCAGCCGAGCCUCUGUUGUGAAUGGCCCGGAUGGUACGAGAUCCGCCUUUUCCUUUAGGACUCUGCCACAAGGGGGGUCGUCAGGCCCAGCACAUGAUGAGAGGACUAAUGGGAGUGGCUCUGGGGCUACAGGUGAGGACAGGAGGGGGAGCUCCCAGCCUGAGAGGUGUGACGUGCAGUCUAAUGAAGACUACCCUCGGAGGCCCCUAACACGGGCCAGGAGCAGACUCUCCCAUGUACCGCUGGUAUCUGAGUCAGAGGUUGCCAAAACAAAACCCCGUCAUGCCAUGAAGCGGAAACGGACAGCAGAUAAGUCCACUAGUACCAGUGAUCCUGUCAUUGAAGAUGACCAUGUGCAGGUUCUUGUGUUAAAAUCCAAAAAUCUUGUUGGAGUCACUAUGACCAACUGUGGAAUCACAGACCUAGUGCUAAAAGACUGUCCCAAGAUGAUGUUUAUCCAUGCUACCAGGUGCAGGGUAUUGAAACACUUAAAAGUAGAAAAUGCACCAAUUGUAAAUCGAUUUGACUAUGCACAGUGCAAGAAACUGAAUAUGGACCAGGUACUAGAUCAGAUACUAAGGAUGCCUCCUGAGAGAAACCGCAUCAUAUACCUUCGCCCAAUGCAGCAGGUGGAUACGCUAACAUUGGAGCAGAAGCUAUUUAGUGGGCCCUACCCCUAUCACAUCUGUAUCAUCCACGAAUUCAGUAACCCCCCUAAUGUCCGGAACAAGGUGCGCAUUCGCAGCUGGAUGGACACUAUAGCUAACAUCAACCAAGAGCUCAUUAAGUACGAAUUCUUUCCUGAAGCCACACGAACUGAAGAGGACUUAAAGAAAUACCCCAAGUACCCCUGGGGGAGAGAAAUUUAUACUUUAGAAGGUGUUGUGGAUGGAGCUCCAUAUUCCAUGAUUUCUGACUUUCCUUGGUUGCGAUCACUACGGGCAGCAGAACCCAGCAGCUUCGCCAGAUAUGACUUUGAAGAUGAUGAAGAAAGCACCAUCUACGCUCCUCGAAGAAAAGGGCAACUAUCAGCUGACAUCUGUAUGGAAACAAUAGGAGAGGAAAUUUCAGAGAUGCGACAGAUGAAGAAGGGGGUGUUCCAGCGAGUAGUGGCCAUUUUUAUCCACUACUGUGAUGUCAAUGGAGAGCCAGUGGAAGAUGACUACAUUUGAUCGGGCCUCGUCCUCUGCAGCUACUCUGGCAGACAGCUGCUGGGGCCUUCAGCUGCUGGAGGCUCCUCGGGCACUGGGGCACGCGCUCGGGGGGGCCCUGGCUCAGUUUGAUAUAUAGGAAAUGUACAAGGAACAUUGAAAUUGUAUACGAAGAUUUGUACAUAGAGGAAAUAUACAAAGACAAUUCCUAAGUACCAACUUUAUAUCAUAUGUUUAUACAAUUUAAUUUAAAAAGUCAUUCUGAUGAAGGCAGAUAAUUGGAAAGAGCUCAUUUUGUUCAUUUUUCCUGAUUUAGUUCAUAAAGUGUCACUUUUUGGCUGAGCCCCAUUUACAAUAUUCUUAAUCACUGUCCUCCCCUUAAAUCUGUGCCUUUUUCUUCUCGAGCGAAGCUGAGUAAAUCUGUUGAAGAGUGUUCGUGUCUUGUGUGCUUUUUUUUGUGUUACUAUUAAAACACCACCUAAACCCUAUGGUCAGAGACGGUUCUAUGUUUCUGUACAUAAUUGUGGUUCCUUUUUCUCGUGGUAUUAUAGUUGCCACAUUUCUUAAAAUCAAGUAAAAAGACUGAAGGAAAAAUGGAAAAAGACUGAAGGAAAAAUGGAAAAGUUUCCAAUUGCAUUUCUAGUUUUAUUUAUUUCCACAUCAAUUGUGUAUAUGCUUUAUCUUGAAUAUAAAAAUAAAAGUUUAUUAAAAGCUUU